AUGGCGGAGCUGCGGCUCCGCCUCGCCGAGCCGCUGCAGCUCGUGGCGCGAAGGAACGAGAAGAGCAGCGCGGAGCUGGGCAGGUUCCUGGCCAAGCAGGUGUGGACGCAGCAGGAUCGGCGGUGCAUCCUCGACGCUCUCGCGCAGCUGCUGCUCGAUAAGGAAUGCACCGUGCUGAUCGGGCGCCAGGCUCGCCCGAUCCUGCUGGAUUUGCUGGAGAGGAACGCGGAAGCCAUUCAGGCUGGGGGCCACCUCAACCACGACCUGCACGAAAGGCUGUGCGUAGCCAUGAGCAAGCUGGUCACGGAUCACCCAGAUGUGCUGCCAUUUGCUUUAAGAUAUUUUAAGAAGACAGCACCGGUUUUCCAGAGACUUUUCCUAGAGAGUUCAGAUACAAGCACAGUCCGAUAUGGACGCAGACGAAUGAAGUUACGGGAUCUCAUGGAGGCAGCCUAUAGAUUCUUACAGAAGGAGCAGUCAAUUUUCCAGGAAUUAUGGGACUGGAGUGUGUGUGUUCCACUCCUAAGGAGUCAUGACACGUUAGUCCGUUGGUAUACUUCAAACUGCCUUGCUCUGGUUACAUGCAUGAAUGAUGAGCAUAAGUUAUCCUUUCUCAAGAAGAUCUUCAGUCCUGAAGAGUUGAUACAGUUCAGACUAAAGCUGCUAGAAGAAUCCCAGCUGCAGAAUGUGGAACGAGCCCUUGUUUUGGCCAAUCCAGAUUCCUCUUUCUGGCGAAAAGAGAAAGGGCUGCAGUACAUGCAAGGAGAUAUUGUAUCCAGCGACCUCUCUGCAAACGUAGUGGCUGUGGGUGGCAUUAUGCUGCCCAGGUUACAGCUUCCCUCUGAAGAGCAGGAAAACACCAAUUGUUUUGUUUUGGUUGAAUCUGCCUGCACAAAUCUCCAAAACCUUGCUAUUGCUGUAGCAUUUCAGAGGCCUGUUUUACUAGAAGGACCCAUAGGAUGUGGCAAAACCUCUUUGAUCGAGUACUUGGCAGCUGUUACAGGAAGAACGAAGCCUCCUCAUAUUUUGAAAGUCCAACUUGGGGAUCAAACUGACAGCAAGACGCUGCUUGGCAUGUAUCGCUGUACUGACAUUCCAGGGGAGUUCGUGUGGCAGCCCGGAGCGCUGACCCAGGCUGUUACCAAAGGUCUCUGGGUGCUCCUGGAGGACAUCGACUACGCACCUCUGGAUGUGAUUUCUGUGCUGAUUCCUCUUUUGGAAAAAAGGGAAUUAUUAAUUCCUGGUCGUGGUGAUUGCUUAAAAGUAGCUCCAGGAUUCCAGUUUUUUGCAACCAGAAGGAUUUUCAGUUGUGGAGCUGGUUGGUACAGACAGCAGAACAGCCACGCUGCUCUUCUGGAUAAGUAUUGGACCAAAAUUCACCUGGAUAACAUGAGCAAAGCAGAGCUAAAGGAGGUUCUUCAGAGCAGAUACCCCAGCCUUGCUCCUGUCACUGAUCAUUUGCUAGACAUUUAUAUUGACCUUACGGGAGAUAAGUAUGAAGUACCAGAAAACAGUGCAGCUGGCAACAGGGAUGUGGCAGAGAAUGCGACGGAAUCAAAAUCAGAAAAUAAGAAACCAAAUCUGGAAGGACGAGAACUCUCUCUAAGGGACUUGCUGAAUUGGUGCAGCAGGAUCGCAUACAACUUCGACAGUAGCUCUCCAAGCACAGCAGUGAAUAUUUUUCAGGAGGCUUUGGAUUGUUUCACAGCUAUGCUGUCCAAGCAAGGAAGCAGACAGAAAAUGGCAAAAAUUAUUGGAAGUAAAUUAAACAUUUCCAAGGAAAAGGCAGAAUUCUUUUGUGAACUCUAUAAACCAGAAAUUUUGGUAAGGGAACAAGACGUCUCUGUGGGAAGAGUGUGCCUCCAGAGGAAACAAACACAGACCCUUUCAGUGCAAAGAGCAAGGCAAACAUUUGCUGCCACGCGACCGUCUGUGGUAUUGAUUGAGCAGCUUGCAGUGUGUGUUAUGAAAGGAGAGCCCGUGCUCUUGGUUGGUGAAACAGGAACUGGCAAAACCUCAACUGUUCAGUACCUUGCUCAUAUUACAGGACACACUCUGAGGGUUAUCAACAUGAACCAGCAAAGUGACACUGCAGAUCUUUUAGGAGGCUAUAAACCUGUGGAUAACAAACUGAUCUGGCUGCCUCUGCGGGAGUCUUUUGAAGAACUUUUUUCUCAGACAUUCUCUAGAAAAAAGAAUCAAACAUUCUUGGGGCAUGUUCAGACCUGCUACAGACAGAAACGUUGGCACGAUCUGCUCAAACUAAUGCAGCAUAUUCACAAAUCUGCUAUUARUAAGGAAGCUAAAGAUAAUGUAUCUGGCUCACCACUGAAAGAAAAGUGGGAGGCAUUUGGUCUUAAACUGAAUCAUGCUCAUCAACAAAUGAAAAUGACAGAAAACGCUCUGCUCUUUGCAUUUGUAGAGGGUACUCUAGCACAAGCUGUUAAAAAAGGAGAGUGGAUUUUAUUGGAUGAGAUUAACUUGGCUGCAGCAGAGACUCUAGAGUGCUUAAGUGGCCUGUUGGAAGGAUCUUCUGGGUCCUUGGUGUUACUAGACAGAGGAGACACAGAACCUCUUGUGCGUCACCCUGAUUUUCGCUUGUUUGCAUGUAUGAAUCCAGCUACAGACGUUGGGAAGAGAAAUCUUCCUCCAGGAAUAAGAAACAGGUUUACUGAACUCUAUGUAGAAGAGCUGAGGAGUGAAGGAGACUUGCAGAUUCUUAUCAUGGAUUAUCUGAGAGGCCUGAAUGUGAACAGAAACACAGUGCAAGGAAUAGUGAACUUUUAUUUAUCAGUGAAAAAGGAAGCAGCAACAAAGCUGGUGGAUGGAACUGGCCACAGACCUCAUUAUAGUCUGCGGACGCUUUGCAGGGCGCUGAGAUUUGCAGCAUCUAAUCCAUGUAGCAGCAUCUCACGAUCGCUCUAUGAGGGCUUCUGUUUGAGUUUCCUGACGCAGCUUGACAGAGUUUCUCACCCAGUAGUUCAGAAGUUGAUUUGCCAGCAUAUAGUCUCUGGCAACAUCAAAAGCCUUCUCAAGCAGCAAAUACCAAAACCCCAAGCGGGGAGGUUUAUACCUAUUGAAGGCUACUGGAUUGCUGCUGGGGAUAAAGAGCCUGCUGUAGAUCAGAGUUAUGUGCUAACCCCUUCCGUUAAGCUUAAUCUGAAAGACAUUGUCAGAGUUGUGUCUGCWGGGACUCACCCAGUACUGAUCCAAGGCGAGACCUCUGUUGGUAAAACCAGUUUAAUUCGCUGGUUGGCUGCUGCWACUGGCAACCACUGCGUUCGGAUUAACAACCAUGAACAUACUGACAUUCAGGAAUAUAUUGGCUGUUACACAUCAGAUGCUUCCGGGAAGCUGAUAUUUAAGGAAGGCAUCCUCAUUGAUGCCAUGAGAAAGGGCUACUGGAUUGUUCUUGAUGAGUUGAAUUUGGCUCCCACUGAUGUUCUGGAGGCUCUCAAUAGACUGUUGGAUGACAAUAGAGAGCUGUUCAUUACUGAGACUCAGGAGGUUGUCAAAGCUCAUCCUCGCUUCAUGCUGUUUGCCACCCAGAAUCCGCCGGGACUCUACGGUGGCAGGAAGGUUUUGUCCAGAGCCUUCAGGAAUCGCUUUGUGGAACUGCAUUUUGAUGAGCUGCCGAGUGCUGAGCUGGAAGCCAUCCUGCACCAGCGAUGCGCUUUGCCACCCUCUUACUGCACCAAACUGGUCAAAGUCAUGUUAGACUUGCAGUCUUACCGCCGAGGUUCCACGGUGUUCGCAGGGAAACACGGCUUCAUUACCCUGCGGGAUCUCUUCCGCUGGGCCGAAAGGUACAGGUUGGCAGGGCAGGCAGAGAAACAUUAUGACUGGCUUCAGCACUUAGCAAAUGAUGGUUUUAUGCUUCUAGCUGGCAGAGUCAGGAAACAGGAGGAGGUGGAUGUUAUUCAAGGUGUUCUGGAAAAACACUUCAAGAAAAAACUGUAUCCGCAGACCCUCUUCUCAGAGGAAAGCGUCAGAAAGCUGCUGGCCAAAUCCUCCACGCAAAAGUCUGUGAUGGAGAGAGAUUUUCACCACAUCGUCUGGACUGAGGGGAUGAGGAGGCUCGCCGUUUUGGUGGGAAGAGCCCUGGAGUUUGGUGAACCAGUCCUCCUGGUGGGAGACACAGGGUGUGGUAAAACUACCAUUUGUCAAAUCUUUGCAGCAUUAACAAAUCAGAAAUUGUACUCUGUAAACUGCCACUUGCAUAUGGAGACUUCAGAUUUUUUGGGAGGUCUGCGACCAGUGAGACAACGGUCAAAAGACCAGGAGGAAUCUGAUGUUUCUAGACUGUUUGAAUGGUGUGAUGGACCCCUUGUUUUAGCAAUGAAACAAGAGGGUUUUUUUCUCCUUGAUGAGAUUUCUUUAGCCGAUGACUCUGUUCUAGAGAGACUUAACAGUGUUCUUGAAGCUGAAAAGACAUUGGUACUCGCGGAAAAAGGUGGUCAAGAGGAUGAGGAUAAUGAAGUAGAAAUACUGGUUGCAGGAAAGAAAUUUCGCAUCCUCGCCACCAUGAACCCAGGAGGGGACUUUGGGAAAAAAGAGCUUUCUCCUGCGCUGCGUAACAGAUUUACAGAGAUAUGGUGUCCACAGAGCAAUGGUCGUGGUGAUUUAAUACAGAUUGUAAAACACAAUCUUCAUCCAGGAUUGUCUCUGGGUGGAAUAAACUAUCAAGGGGCGGACAUUGCGGAGCUCAUGAUGGACUUCAUUGAGUGGCUCCCUAAGCAGCCGUUUGGCCGCCAGUGUAUCGUGAGCGUGCGGGACAUCCUGGCGUGGGUGUGUUUCAUGAACGUCAUGGCAGCGAGCGAGGAGCCGCGCUGGGGCGUGCAGCGCAGCCGCCGGCGCGUUUCUCCUGUGCUCUCCUUCAUCCAUGCCGCGUGCCUGGUGUACAUCGAUGGCAUAGGAUCAGGUACAACCUCCUGCUCUGCUGAUACUGCUUUAUCAGCUCGUGAAAAGUGCCUGGCAUUCUUGUGUGAGAAAAUGGGCCAAUUCCUUGAGCUAACUGACCAUCAGAAGAACCAGCUAAAGAUUUAUGACAGAACAUCUGAGAGAGAAUUUGUGUGGAUGGACAACUUCAUGGGAAUCCACCCAUUUUUCAUUCCYAGAGGCGCCGUGGCGCAGCGGAGCGGCGUGCCGGACUACGCGCUGACGGCCGGCACCACGGCGGUGAACGCGCAGCGGCUGCUCAGGGCCCUGCAGCUCCCCAAGCCUGUCCUGCUGGAGGGCUCGCCAGGCGUGGGCAAGACCAGCCUGGUGGCCGCCCUGGCCAAGGCCUCGGGCAACUGCCUCGUUCGGAUCAACCUCUCCGAGCAGACGGAUGUGACAGACUUGUUUGGGACAGAUUUGCCUGUUGAAGGUGGGAAAGGAGGAGAAUUUGCAUGGCGUGAUGGACCUCUACUAGCAGCCUUAAAGGCCGGACACUGGAUUGUAUUAGAUGAGUUAAAUCUGGCUUCUCAGUCUGUGUUAGAAGGACUAAAUGCGUGCUUCGACCACAGAGCAGAGAUUUAYGUGCCUGAACUGGGGAUGAGCUUUCAUGUACAGCACAAGAAGACAAAGAUUUUUGGAUGCCAGAAUCCCUACAGACAAGGAGGUGGAAGAAAGGGCCUGCCCAAGUCCUUUCUUAAUAGGUUUACCCAGGUGUAUGUUGAUCCGCUGUCAGCUGCAGAUAUGGAAUUUAUUGGGAAUACUCUGUUUCCUGCCAUUGAUAAAAAUAUUAUUGCUAAAAUGGUUGCUUUUAAUAAUAAGAUUGACAGAGAGGUAAUGGUUGAAAAAAAGUGGGGACAGAAAGGAGGACCCUGGGAGUUCAACUUACGUGAUCUUUUCCGCUGGUGCCAACUUAUGCUUGUUGACCAGUCGCCAGGAUGCUACAAUCCAGGCCAGCAUGUGUUCUUGGUGUAUGCAGAAAGAAUGAGAACCAAGGAUGACAAAGAAAAGGUUGUAUCUACAUUUAGAGACAUUUUUGGCCAGGAGGCUGAUGUAUAUGUAGGAACCAGAGCAUUUCACAUCACUCCCUAUAACGUUCAGAUUGGCUAUUCAGUUCUUUCUCGUGGCAACUAUAUCCCUCGCCCUGGCAGCAAUCUGUCACUCCUGCAUCACUCGCUGCAGUCCCUCGAGCCUAUAAUGAAAUGUGUGCACAUGAGCUGGAUGGUUAUCCUUGUGGGCCCUGCAGCUGUUGGCAAGACCAGUCUCGUGGAGCUGCUGGCACAUCUGACCGGUCAUCGGCUUAAAAUCAUGGCARUGAACAGUGCGAUGGAUACAACUGAACUGCUGGGAGGAUUUGAGCAGGUUGAUAUCACCAGACCGUGGCAGUGCCUGUUGGAAAAGGUGGAGAACUCAGUGAGCACCCUGGUGAGGGACAGCUUGCUCCUCGCAGAACUUAGUGCUGAUGAUGCAGAGCUGGUGCUACGUGCUUGGAGCAAUUUCAUCCUGAACUGCAAACCCAGGCUCAGUUCAGUUACAGCAGAGCUAGUGAGCAAACUGGAGGGAAUACUUGUACUCAUCCAGCGGCUAAACAACAAAAUCAAUUCUUACUCAAAGGCAGAAUUUGCUCGCCUGGUAGAAGAGUUUCGACGUUUCAAACUGCAGCAGCUCCAGGCUACAGAGCGGAACAGCCAYGGCACCUUUGAGUGGGUGGAUGGCAUGCUGGUUCAAGCCCUGCAGUCUGGAGACUGGCUUUUGAUGGACAAUGUUAACUUCUGCAACCCUUCUGUGCUGGACCGCUUGAACGCCCUACUUGAACCAGGAGGGGUUCUGACCAUGAGCGAGAGAGGGGUGAUCGAUGGCACAACUCCUACAGUAGCUCCUCAUCCAAAUUUCAGGCUUUUCCUUUCUAUGGAUCCCRUUCACGGGGAAAUAUCCAGAGCCAUGCGGAAUCGGGGGAUUGAAAUUUACGUUCCUGGGGAGACGGAUGGAAAUGCCUUGGACAGCGUGGAUGUGAAGCUGCUGCUGCACGGCAUGGGGCUGGUGGGAGACAGCGUCUGUGCGGCGCUGCUGGCUGUGCAUUCCGAGACCAGGGAGGCCAUACCCGGUUCUGUGUCAUCUUUGUCACCUUUGCUUCAUGCUGCUGCAUUAAUUGUGCAGCAGCUGCAAAGAGGCCUUGGAUUAGUGAAGUCGUUUUACAGAGCUUGUUGGGAAGUUUAUGGCCGCUCACAACAAUUACAAGUUAAUCAGAAGCUUGUAUUGGAUCUAGUUACGAGGCACGUUUCAUCUCUAACGUCGCAAGAAACUUGGGGCGACUCCCUGCUAGCCAUGGGCUUGUGGCCAGACUCGCUACCUACGGGUCUGUUUGCAGCAGAAGACUCUCUCCUUUCAACAGUGCGGCGUGACGGGCAGGUCCUAAUGUACUGUCUGAACAGAAUGACCMUUAAAACCUGCAGGACUCUGCCAUUGACGAUGCAGGAUCUGCAGAAAAUUAUGCACUCCACUAAUCCCGAGAGCCUGCAGUUCAGCCCUGUGGAGAUGGCUGCUGCCUGGCUGGAGGACAUGGAGGUCCUCCGGGCUGCAGUUAAAUYGUUCAUAGAAAAGGCAACUAAUCACGACUGGACACUGAGGGUUAAAUGGCUUAACCACUUGGCAAAGAAUCUGCCACAAGGUCUUGGCCCAGUGCGUGUCCAGUUGGAAGCGGGUGCUGUAGCCCUUGGCAGUUUCUACGCCAGUCCCCUCUCAUCUGGAAUCAGCAACAUGAUCAAGUUGCUACAGCCAAGUAUGACAGAUGAGCACGUGAUGCCUCUGGACCCAAGAUGGAAUAUGCAGUUUCUGGAUAUAAUUAGAAAUUCGAUGAACUUUGACUCGGAAAUGGAGCACACGGAUCAGCUUCUCAUCCUCUUGAAGUCGGCAGCAAACCGAGCAGUAUUAUUUCUCGACCRAGAAAAAAGGAGCUAUACUGAGAAGAAUUUGAUUGCCAUCAAGGAGCCAAGAGCUAGUGUCUUAAGAAUGUCUCUGGAUUUCCAUAAAGAUCCAGGAAGUUACCAUGCCCUUCCUCAUGCCGUCGUGGUCAACCUUGCUGCUUUUUUUGAGAUUUGGGAUGCCUUUAUGGUUCAYUGGGUGAAGACUACUCAGGUGGCCCUGAGUGAUGAUGACCUGCAUGAUAUUUUGUAUUGCUUGCUGUGGCGUGACCGGUUCUGGGCAGUGUCUGACACGGUGACAGUGGAUUCACCAGGAUUGUCCCUUCUGUCGCUCCAUUGGCACUGGGUUAUGAAGCAUUUGAUUGACAGAAUUCCUCAGAUGCUUAUAGGAUCAGAACAGCACAAGAGUUCAAAAGAAAUCCAGUCUGUUUCACUGCAGAUUCAGAGCUGCUUGGCCAGUCCUGCCAGCGUUUGUGCCAGUGUGAAGAUACUGCAGAAGUCUCUAGGAAGACCGCUUCCUUUUAAGGAUAAACUGGGCGCAGAGUGUCUUUCUCAGCUAAAAGUUCUCAGCAAGUCACUUAACAUCGUGGAGCCAAGACUGGCCUUGGGAAGCAGGAGGUGGCAGGAAAAAAUGUGUUGUCUGAAAACUGCUGCCACCGGAUGGAAGAUAAAGAAAGCACUGCUGCAAGCUGAGGGCCUGAUACUCAGAGCUAAUCAUCUAGAUGAUGUUCAUCUGGGUGACCUGAAGAGUUUUUUGAAAGCUGUGCAUUCACAACUGACAGCAGCAGGAGUUGUACGUACCCCUUCAGAAGAAAUGUUUGCUCAAGAUGGUAUCUCCAACCAGUUAGACCCUGCCUCGUUAAUCCAGCUCUGCAGCAGGGUUCAGCUGUGGCCUGCAAUGGAGUUCCUGGGCACCAUGUGGCAGUACAAGCUGACAGCUGAUUAUAUGGCUAAGGCUUCUGUGAGAAGGGCGAAUUGCAGUCAAGAACUACGCCUGUGUUCAGAUCUAUCUCAGCUUAUAGCUUUUGCCCUGAGAUUAACACCGGCUGCUUCUCACCAGUUGUCUGGACUGUGGCACUUGUUGCACCUCCCUGAGAUAUGCCCCGAAGAAAUGUCUGUUCUGUCAUCUCAGCUAGUUAGUGCUGUGCUGGCAUCCUUUUGGAGCAGCACUUUUGUAUCUGAUCCAGACUAUUGGUUAACCUGGAGACCACUACCUGUGACAGAGGAAGAGAACUUUCCUAAAUCCCAUAUGAACUAUGGAGGUUCUCUGAAGGGCCCAGGUAUUUUGACCCGAGCAGUUUUCUCAAAGUGCUUCUUUGAAAUUCUAACUAGCAGCAGCAAGACAAGCCAGUGGGAUGUGAGUGGGCUUCCUGUUCUGUCCUCAUCCCAUGUGACACUGGGAGAAUGGAUGGAGAGAGCACAACAGCUUCAUGAAGUCAGCGCAACAUUGUGGACCAACCUGACUGUCUCUUCAACAGCAGACUUUAGAUACACAGAUUCCAGACUACAAGGAAUAGUGCUGGCUAGGCUGCUCUCUGCCCUGGUAGAUCUGGUUCCAAUAGAGUUACAAGACAAAUUUUCRGAGUGCUGUGAGAAUCUGUCAUGCAAAGAUCCCAUUGCAUAUGAGUAUCUUCUCAAGAUACUCCGAAGCAUUGCUGAUCAGGAAUUGCUUCCUAAGGAAGUCCUUUUUCUCCUGCACACUUGCUUGCGGCAGUUCUUUGGGGAAGGGCUUAAGGAGCUCCCAGAGACAGCUUGGCGAGGAAGCCUGUGGGUGAAUAUUGGCUUGCUGCAGAUCCAGGUGUGGCUUCCACAGACUCGKUUUGAUCCGGCUGUGAAAAGAGAAUACAAACUCAAGUAUGCCAGAGAAGAGCUGCAUCAACUGGAGUGCGAAUGGAAAACAAAUGAUUUGUCAUCCCAACUACACACAGGGAAAAGUAUUGGAGAUGAAGGAAUCUGCAACUAYAUUCAUCCCCAUCUCAGACUGCUGCAUGAAAGAAUGCAGAGGCUGAAGGAGCAGAUAGCCAGUCUUUCCAGAAAGAAAGCGUUCAGGCCCCCUGCCCCUGCCUAUGACUGCCUGUACCAGCAAGUUCACCAGUACAUCAACAGCAUUGCACAGGUUUCUGCAGUGCAGGAUCUUCUGGCUCGCCUUCUGCAGUUGCUCCGUGGGGAAAGACCCGAGUCCCUCCAGGCCAUACGGAAGCUYUUAGAUAAAGAAGCCUCUUGGCAAAAGUCACACCACCAGUUCAGGAGGCUCUUGGCGGAGGACUAUGCCGUGUUCCCGGAUGCCACCGUUCCGCUGCAAUCUGCCAUCUUACAGUUGCAACAYGGCAUGAGGCUGGUGGCUUUUGAAGCUUACGCGAUGCUCAACAGCCUCGUCUGUCCCACUGAUCUUGCCAACCUCCUCACUUCUUUGCUGGCGUUUCCUUCUGUUAGCCCCACCUUCCCCACUUACUUGGCUCACGCAGAGACUUUAUGCUCCGUGAAUUCAGUUGAGGUCCUUAACGGGCUUAAGUUUUCCCUGAAGCAGCCUGAAGGAGGCUCGGAGGGAGCGCAGAAGCCUUGCCCCACUCUGGAGCAGCUGCUGGUGAAUGCUUUGCUGCGUCUUCGGUGCCACGUCCUGUCGAAAGGAGAGAUGGACCAGAAAUCCCUGCAGCUUUUCAGGCAUCUGUGCCAGGCCAUUAUAAACGAAUGGGAUGAACAGGAACGCCGUGCUCAAGAGCAGGAGGCAAUGGAGAACUGUCCCUACAGAUACAGGAGUAAAAGCCAUGGAAAUGAACAGAGCGAAGAAGAGGAAGAAAAAGAAUUCAGAAGGAGAUUUCCYCUUCACGGAAAGGACUUUGAAGAUAUCACAGCUCAGCCAAGCCUAGAGGAAAAAAUGGAAACUGUAGAUGAGUCAGAAGACCAGCUGGAAGYUGAUAGAGCUCUUGUGUCCAAGAGCUCCAUGCAGACAGUAAUGAUGGUUCAUCAGCAGUUGUGCUUGAACUUUGCACGAUCCCUGUGGUAUCAGCAGAGUCUGCCUUCGCGUGGAGCCCGACAUUAUCUGAAUACGUUUCUCGCCUGCUAUCAGACGGGUGCAUGCCUGGUCUCACACUUCUGUCCCUUGAUUGGUGCUGAACUGAAUGACAGUCUUCUGGGAAGCCAACUUCUACUUAGCACCCUCCUACAAAACACCUUUUUUGAGGAAGUGACUUCAGAUCUGGUGCUACACCAAGAGGGCCCAUAUGAUUUUUACCAGCAUCCUAAUAUUCAGCAAGUCCGACAGUGCCAACCCGUGCUUGAUAAUUUUGCUAAAGAAGUGAACAGGUUACUGCAGGAAUGGCCUGAGCAUCCAGUACUUCUGCAGGUGCUGGUUGUGAUGGACAGAAUCCGGAGUUUUCCACUGUCUAGUCCUCUCUCAAAGUUCCUGAACGGCUUAGAAAUCCUUCUUGCCAAGGCACAGGACUGGGAGGAAAACGCAAGUCGAGCUCUGUCCUUGAGGAAACAUCUUGAUUUGGUUACACAGCUGAUUAUCCAGUGGCGUAAACUGGAGCUGAAUUGCUGGUCAGCCAGUCUGGACAAUAUUACCAAGCAGCAUGUAGAGAAAUCCACAAAGCACUGGUUCUCAAUCUACCAGAUGAUUGAGAAGUAUGUACAAGAACAAACAGAAGGAAAUGAGGAAGAAACGGAGCAGAUGAGUCUCCAAAUGCUGAUCAGCACCCUGCAGGCUUUCAUCGAAGGAUCUACACUGGGAGAGUUUCACACACGGCUUCAGGCACUGCUGGUUUUCCACUGCCAUGUCCUGCUGAUGCCUCAGGUGGCAGGAAARGAUGUCCUGUGCAGCAUCCUGUGGAAUCUACAUAAUUAUUAUAAGCAGUUUUCAGAGUGUGUGGAGACCAGAAUCGCUGAACUGCGGCAACCUAUAGAAAAGGAACUUAAGGAAUUUGUGAAAAUUUCCAAGUGGAAUGAUGUCAGCUUCUGGGCCGUAAAACAAUCUGUUGAAAAAACACACAGGACCCUUUUUAAAUUCAUGAAGAAGUUCCAGGUUGUUCUCAAUGAGCCAUGUCAGCCUGCCUUGGUGGAAAGUGGUAAGGAGGGGCAGCUGGACUGCUUGCAAAGGCAGGAGGAAACUGAGAACACGGAGACCAGAGUUCAGAGGCUGAACAUCACCAUAAGAAAAACUUUGUGUGCUAAAACAGAUGCUGAUAAGAGGGGACUCCCAGAAGASUGUCAGGAUGGGAUUAUGUUGCAUGCAGAAUCUCUUCAGUAUCGUCUGCCUAAACUUACCAAAAAAAUGCAGAAAAUGUGUACAACACUUAUGGAAAAUAAUUCCUUUUUAAGUUUACUGGAAAGUCUGGACGAAUUCACAGGUGAUAUCAUUGAUUCUGUAGUUGAACUGCAGAGCUUAACAUUUAAUCAGGCAGCAGAUAAGGAGAAGCAGAAGUCGGAGGCCAAGCAUAUCCAGAUGCAGAAGCAACGGGCUUUGUCAGAACUCUUUAAAAGCCUGGCUAAAACAGGUUUGUCAUACCGGAAAGGUCUGUCUUGGUCCCGUUCAAAAGAUUAUCGGGAAAUACUCUGCCUGCUCCCACUGGACUUGCAUAAUGCCUUGUCUGUAGUGAACUGCACCCGUGAAGUGGAUGCCACGUUGCUGACAGAGAUCGGCUCUGCCUGGGAGGGAUGCCAGAAGUACUUCUAUCGGUCGCUUGCACGCCACUCCAGGCUUCAGGCAGCACUGCUAGCACCUGCCAAGGACAUUGGACUAGGCAGYGUUGAGCGGUGCAAGGGCUUCACUGCGCACCUCCUGAAGGUGCUCGCCAGGCAGAGACGAGCGCUCACUGCCCUGACAGAGCAGUGGGUCAUCCUGAGGAACCUCCUGAGCUGCAUACAAGAGAUCGAUUCCAGGUUGACGGCUGACCGAGACUACAGCGUCGCGCUUCCUCCUCAGGACAAUUUCCAGCAGUGGACUGACAGACUGCAGCAACUUUCCAUGCAGUGUGUGAUGGUGCUUGAGGAGCUCUCUUGGUUCAUACAAUGCUGCCCAAAAGAACAGUCAAUGAAAUGCAGUGAUACUGAAAGGACUGAUGGCAAAACAGACCUUGUUCAGAGUACAGGCCCUGAGCAGACCUUGGGAAGUGUUUUUAUGGGGAUACCUGACCGAAUUCCCGCAGAGUUAAAAUACCCAUCUCCAGUAACAGCAGAGCAACUGCCUCCUGGGUGCAAGAUGCAACAUCGGGAUCAGUUAUGGCUGCAGCUAGCUACACAACUGACUGCGAUGCUGGCAAAUGUGAGGGCAAUAAAAGCAGAUGUGGACAAAAUAAGACAACAGUCAUUUGAAACCUUAUUUUAUUCCUGGAAAGAUUUUGAGGUCUGUACGUCAGCUUUGAAAUGUUUGCUCGAAGUCUCAACUCAGUURCAGGACAUAGAGUCUCUAUUUCUUCCAAAUGGAGAAGGCAGGCAAGUUGCAAAUCAGAUGGCACUAAUCAAGAGCCUGAGGUAUAUCCAAGAGGAGGUUAAUAAAACAUCUACAGACUUCGAAGCCUGGAGAACACAGCUUCUUAAUUCUAUGUCAAAUAGUGAUGGGAAUCAAGAGUCAGAUGAAGAGUUUGYGGAGCACUUCUCAGCACAAGCUGAAACCGUUAUCCAUGCUGUUCUGUAUGCCAUCCAGUGCUUGGUAGAGAGAAAACAGGAGGCUGGAAAAGAGGAAGAAAAAUCUGCAGAGGAAAAURGUGAUGAUGCAGCCUCAUUUGAAAGGCUUAAAGAAGGACACUUAACUAAGCUUUUGGAUGAAGAUCUCUCUGCUGAUUUGGAUGCUUUGCAUGUGCAGAAAAUAAUUUCAGCUGUUUCAGAGCUCUUGGAGAACCUGAAAUCUUACAGGGAAGAUUACACCUCAGAUAAACAGAAGCUCUUCAACCAGUGCUGCUACCUCCUUGUGCGUCUAAAGCCCAUGCUGUGCAAGUAUUCAGAGCUUACCCUCUUCUACCUCACAGUUUCACUGGCAUCACACAGGGGUGCUGGAAAAUUGCUUUCUGUUCUGACGAGCGUAUUUACUGAGCUUGCCCAGAAGGGAUUUUGUCUGCCAAAAGAAUUACUCGAGGAUGAAGCAGGAGAAGGAGCAACACAGUUUMAUGAUUCUGAGGAUUGUGGUAUUGGAGAUGGGGAAGGCAAGAAGGAUGUGAGUGACAAAAUAGAAAGUGAAGACCAGGUAGAAGACACCUAUCAAAAGGGCAAAGAGAAGGAAAAAGAGGACCCAGAUUCCAAACCAGACAUUGAAGGGGAAGACAAUGCAAUUGAAAUGUCAGAGGACUUUGAAGGGAAAAUGCAUGAUGGAGAACAAGAGAAAAAAGAUGAUGAUGAAAAAUCAGAUGAAGAGGAGGAGCUGGAUAAGCAGAUGGGAAACCUUGAUAAUGCUGAAACUGAUGAUAAACUGAAUGAGAGGCUGUGGGGGGAUGAAGAUGAAGAGGAUGAUGAUGAAGAUGCCAGUAGUAAAACAGAAGAAACUGGACCUGGAAUGGAUGAGGAGGAUUCGGAGCUUGUUGCAAAAGAUGAUAAUUUGGGUGCAGGAAAUAAGGAUGAUAAAAAACAAUUUCCCAAGGAUGAAGAAAAAGAGAAACGUACAGAGGACAGUGGAAACAAAGAGGAAAUCCAUGAGCAAAUUGAUGAGAGUGAAUAUGAUGAGAAUGAAAUAGAUCCUUAUCAUGGCCAGCAAGAAAAGCAGCCUGAGGUUGAACCUUUGGACCUUCCUGAUGACUUCAACCUGGAGAGCGAUGAGAAGAGUGAUGAUGAGGAGAAAGAGGGUGAAGAAGAGAAUGCUUUUGAAAUAGAUGAGAAACCUCCAGGUGUAAAUGAGACAGAGAAUACAGAAGAUGAGAAUGGAGAGGAUCGUGGUGAGGAUCAUGGUGAUACAGGUGGAGAAGAUCAAGAUGCGGAGCCGGCUGAAGAAGGCGCUUCUGAAGAUAAAGAGGAAAAGGAAGAUGGAGGGGAGAAGGAUGGUGACAGUCAGGAUGGAAGUAUGGAAAACGCUGAGGCAGAUGAAGAGCAGGAGGAGUCACAACCACCUGCUGAGGAAAAGAAAGAAUCUGCUGAUGAUGAGAAAGAGAAGGGGAUUCCCACUGAUGACCAAGGCCUUCAACCUCAGAAGGAGGAGGAUGAAGAUAUUUCAGAGAAGGAUGAGCCGAUCCCCGAGUCUGAAGAACGAAUGGAGCAUGAAACACAAGGGCAGACUGGGCAAGAAAACCUGCAGAGUGACAGUGCUGUUGAGCUGGCUGGAGAGGCUUCCGAGAGAGAUCAGUCUAAGGAGGAAUACGGAAGUGGAGCGGCUAGCGCGAAUCAGUCGGAAGGCCAUGAGUCCACCCGCAUGGCCCGGAUGGCUUCUGAGAAGCAAAGCAGAAAAAAUACCCAGAGUUUCAAGAGGAAGCCUGGGCGGGCAGACAACGAGCGCUCGGUGGGAGACCACAGCGAUCGAGUCCACAAGCGGCUGAGAACCAUCGAGGCCGGCAGCGAGGCCCCGCGGGAUAGCCCCSAGCCGAGGCAGAACGUGGAGGAGGCUGAGGCCUUCGAGCACAUCAAGCAGGGCUCCGAGCCCUACGAUGCCCAGACCUAUGAUGUAGCUAGCAAGGAUCAGGAAAAACCUUUUAUGCCUCCUGAAGAAGAAAAGGAAGAGGGAGAUCCUGAAAAUGUACCAAUGGAAACAGAAAUGGAGAGUGAUGAGGACAUUAAAGCAGUAGAUGCAGAAGAGUUGAAGCCAGAAACAAGGAAGUCUACAGCCACGAAAAAAAAUGGAUCAGGUGAAACGGAGUUGGAAAUCCAGGCUUUUGAGUCUGAGGAUGUCMAUGACUCUGCUCCUGAAAACCCGCCGAAUGUGACAGAGGAGAAGCCAGAGAGAAGCAAGGACUCCACCAUCCACACGGCCCAUCAGUUCCUGCUGGACACUCCCCAGCAUGUUGUUAGGGACCCUGAAGAGCUGAGAAAAGAGCUUGAAAGGCAGCUGGAAGUCUGGCAAACACAGCAGCCUGGAAAUCCGGAUGAGGAGAAGGAGGCAGCAGAGCUGUGGCAGAGGUACUUGGUGCUGACGGCCCCGCUAGCGCAGCAGCUGUGUGAGCAGCUACGGCUCAUCCUGGAGCCCACCCAGGCAGCCAAGCUGAAAGGAGACUACCGAACGGGGAAGAGGCUGAACAUGCGCAAGGUGAUUCCCUACAUCGCCAGUCAGUUCCGGAAGGACAAGAUCUGGCUGCGCAGGACCAAGCCCAGCAAGCGGCAGUACCAGAUCUGCCUGGCUAUCGAUGACUCCUCCAGCAUGAUAGACAAUCACUCCAAGCAGCUUGCCUAUGAGUCUCUAGCAGUUAUUGGAAAUGCAUUGACUCUUCUAGAAGUGGGACAAAUUGCUGUGUGCAGCUUUGGAGAGACUGUCCAGCUGCUGCACCCAUUCCAUGAGCAGUUUGGUGACCAGUCGGGCACACGGAUAUUGCGCCUCUGCAAAUUUCAGCAGAAGAAAACGAGGAUAGCUCAGUUUCUAGAGUCUUCAGCAGAUAUGUUUGCUGCCGCGCAGCACUUGUCUCCCAGCAUUAACCCAGAAACAGCCCAACUGCUCUUGAUCGUGUCUGACGGAAGAGGCCUCUUCCUGGAAGGCAAGGAGCGGGUGACGGCAGCGGUGCGGGCAGCGCAGAGCGCCAACAUCUUUGUCAUUUUUGUGGUGUUGGACAACCCGAAUUCCCGGGAUUCCAUCUUGGACAUUAAAGUUCCUAUAUUCAAAGGACCCGGAGAAUUGCCUGAAAUCAGAUCCUACAUGGAAGAAUUCCCAUUCCCCUUCUACAUGAUCCUUAGGGACGUGAACGCUCUCCCGGAAACGCUCAGCGAUGCGCUCAGGCAGUGGUUCGAACUGGUGACCGCCUCGGAGACGUCGUAGACGCAAGUUAAAUCACUGACUGCUGCCAGGUUGCUGAGAUGCAUGAAAUGGCAAUAUGUGAAAUGUUGAUGUGAGUUCACAGGGUCUGACUGACGGGCAGUCACGUGCAGGCAGUCGGGCAGCCUGCGAACAACAUGGUUCAGGUUGCGCUCUCCUGUUUCUCAGGAGCUUAUGCAAUGGUGAGACUGUSGUCUUCGAUUCUCUAUUCCUAUAAACAGUGUAAAACUUCCCUCAAACUUCUCUUGUAAUAAUUUAUUGCUUUUWAAAAGUAUUUGUAACAUUCACAGACGUAAUUUUUUUUUUCCUACCACUGUCUAUUGCAAUAACAAAAAUCAGUCUUGCUUCUGGAAAGGUGUUCUCUGUGUUGGGAGAACUGGAGCUGUUCUGCAGAAGCAUCAGAAGUGAUGAGCUUCCCACAUGUGGCUGUGGCCUCUUUGGGAAGGAGAGGAACAGGGAAAAGCAGAUGGUUUUACAGAACCAAGACCUAAGUGCUUGAAUACUUGAAACUGUUCUCCAGUUAAUUAAUUAUCCUCUUUAAACAUCCUCUUGAAUUAUGGCAGUUMUUGUCUGAUAAUGUCAGCAGGGAGUCUUACAAAACAUGCCAUGAUGCGCUCUGCCCUGUGUUAGCAAGUGACACUGUGAAGUUUGCCCCUCUGUCCGAGGCAGACAUUGAGGGCCGUUUCAUUAACCAGGUAUUUUAAAGCUGGACAUGAUUUUUCAUUGCAAAAAGAAAUGCAUCUUGUAUUGUCUGUACUAAUAAAGAGAGCUUCGUAAUUACGAGGUCUGCUCUUU